CCCGCCUCCGCCUCCUGCGCCGUGCCGAGAGCCGCUUCCGCCGCGGCGGGUCCGGGCGGGGAGGACCGGGCGGGGGGGGCCGUUCCGGGGCUGGCGCCGGCCCCGCCAUGGCCUCGGCCGCUCGCCGCGACGUGCCCGAGCCGCCCGACUUCGGCAUCCUGAAGCGCCUGGCGCGGGACCAGCUCAUCUACCUGCUGGAGCAGCUCCCUGGGAGGAAGGACCUGUUCAUUGAGGCCGACCUGAUGAGCCCCCUGGACCGCAUCGCCAACGUCUCCAUCCUGAAGCAGCACGAGGUGGACAAGCUGUACAAGGUGGAGAGCCGGCCUGCCCUCAGCACCAGCGACCAGCUCUGCUUCCUCGUCCGGCCGCGGGUGAAGACGAUGAAGUACAUCGCCGAUAUUGUCAACGCUGACAAGAUGUCAGGCCGGAGCCGCAAGUACAAGAUCAUCUUCAGCCCCCAGAAGUUCUAUGCCUGUGAGAUGGUGCUGGAGGAAGAGGGCGUCUAUGGCGAUGUCACCUGCGAUGAGUGGUCCUUCUACCUGCUCCCCCUGGAUGAAGACAUCAUCAGCAUGGAGCUGCCUGAGUUCUUUCGCGACUACUUCUUGGAGGGAGAUCACCGCUGGAUGAACUCGGUUGCUCGAGCCCUGCAGCUGCUGAACUCCCUGUACGGGCCGUUCAGCAGGGCCUAUGGGAUCGGGAGGUGCGCCAAGAUGUGCUAUGAGCUGUGGCGGGACCUGGAGGAGGAGAGCGAGGGCGACAGCCAGGGCAGGAAUCCGGAGAUCGGGAACAUCUUCCUCAUGGACAGAGACACGGACUAUGUCACGGCGCUGUGCUCCCAGAUGGUGUACGAGGGGCUGGUGGACGACACCUUCCGCAUCAAGUGCGGCAGUGUGGAUUUUGGGCCAGAAGUCACCUCCUCUGACAAGAGCAUUAAGGUGCUGCUCAAUGCCCAGGAUAAAGUCUUCAGCCAGAUACGGAACGAGCACUUCUCCAGCGUGUUUGGCUUCCUGAGCCAAAAGUCGCGCAACCUGCAGGCACAGUACGACCGGCGCCGUGGCAUGGACAUCAAGCAGAUGAAGAACUUUGUCUCCCAGGAACUGAAGGGACUAAAACAAGAGCAUCGUCUGCUGAGCCUGCAUAUUGGUGCCUGCGAGUCCAUCAUGAAAAAGAAAACCAAGCAGGACUUCCAGGAGAUGAUCAAGGCUGAGCACUCUCUGCUGGAGGGUUUCGACAUCCGAGAGAGCACCAGCUUCAUCGAGGAGCACAUCGACCGGCAGGUGUCCCCCAUCGAGAGCCUGCGCCUCAUGUGCCUGCUGUCCAUCACGGAGAACGGUCUCAACCCCAAAGACUACCGCUCCCUGAAGACCCAGUACCUGCAGAGCUACGGGCCCGAGCACUUGCUGACCUUCCACAACCUCAAGCGCAUCGGGCUGCUGACUGAGCAGGCGGCUGGGGAGACCCUGACGGCUGUGGAGAGCAGAGUCAGCAAGCUGGUGACAGACCGAGCUGCUGGAAAGAUCACAGAUGCGUUUAAUUCCUUGGCCAGGAAGAGCAAUUUUCGAGCCAUAAGCAAGAAGCUGGGCUUGAUCCCCCGGCUGGACGGCGAGUACGACCUGAAAAUGCCUCGGGACAUGGCCUACGUCUUCAGCGGAGCCUACACCCCGCUGAGCUGCAAGAUCAUCGAGCAGGUGCUGGAGCGGCGGGGCUGGCAGGGCCUGGAGGAGGUGCUGCGGCUGCUCAACGGCACCGAGUUCUCGGAGGCAGGUAGCGCCGCCGAGGCCAGCCCGGGCCGGGACUCGCAGCGCACCGUGCUGGCCGUGUUCCUGGGCGGCUGCACCUGCUCCGAGAUGGCGGCGCUGCGCUUCCUGGGCCGGGAGAGAGGGUGCCGCUUCAUCUUCCUCACCACGGCCGUGACCAGCAGCGGCCGCCUCAUGGAGGCCAUGGCGGAGACCCGCGCGUGACGCCGCCCCCCUCCUCCCCCCCCCUCAAUAAACCGCGUCCGUGCCCGCCCCUCCCCCCC